UUUUUUUUUUUUGCUUUUGUCUUUUUUCUCUGGUGGAACAGAGACUUGCCCUUAAAUCUUCGUUGCUAGAACGUUCAGAAGACGUUGACUUAGCAAACAUUCUUCGUUGUGAAUCUGUAUUUAAUUUCCCAAGCUUUUCUAACCUUUUUAACUUUGUAGUUUUCGUUUUCUUUGUUGGAUUCGCCAUUUCACAACAAACUAGCUACUUCUUGAUAAUUACGAUUCUUCAGUUUUCUGUUCUUCUUUUGAGUUUGUUUCUAGAAAACUCUUGUCAGAUUUUUUCAUUUUCUUCAUUUUAAUGAUAGUCUUUACAACAACUUCUAGGACGGUCGAAGAAUUGCGGGAAUUCAUACAUUCGUUUUCCAGCCCAAGCUCAACGAAGGUAAUCAAGGGACUGGGGAAAGUAUUAGCUUUUUAUAACGAUUCCUCAGCAGAGCGGUUGGCUCUUCAUACUCUUCAAUACACCACCUUGCCAUCGGGUACCCCAAUUGACUGUCACUAUGUACCGGACGUAUCGGCAAAGGAUCCUUCCCUCAUGCAAAGCUCCAGUUUGAAAGUACCAAAAUCUGAGAAAAAUUGGCUUAUCAGUCCUCCUGGAUCUCCUCCGUUGGGAUGGACACCUAUACAGGAAGAAUCCCCAAACUCCGAUUACCUUGCCCACGACCUUCAACUUCGACUUGACCAACUUGGAAACAGCAUUAUUGAGAAUGCCGAUACAGGUCCCCGUAUUGUUAUAUCUGAUGCAGACUCUUCUCGUUCCUCCCCCCAGGCUAAUUGAAUCUCGUUUCAUCAUUGCCCAAAAAAUUAAUUAUUUAUUAUCAUCACUCCCCGUGUCCCACUCUUUGUUGUACAACACAUGUUCUAUCCAUGAAUGAAUCAGUUGUCUUUUUCUGCUUGGAUUACACUGUUUCUUUCUGUCUCUCGAGCCCUUUUAACGCGACG